UAUUUGUGAGUGCGCAGCGCUGUCCCCUCCUGUACGACACACACAGACCUGCAGCAGGCUGACUCUCAGAGCGCUUCUUGACCCUCUCAAUGUUCUGGAUAACCAUGUGGCACAUUAAAUCUCUUGACACGAUUAAUGGAGAGCGUGUUGAAGUUUUCAAACGAUGUGGAGCCAGUGGUGCGUAAAGAUUGGACAUGGCACGGAGGAUAAACGUCCACUCUUCUUAUCUCUCCUGACAUCGGGUGUGACUUGAUGAAACGGGCUGUCAGCGUCUGGCGGACCGGUACCUGCUUAUGGAGCAAUAAUGAAUACGAGAUGGGCAUUACUGAGACUAAGAAGAAAAGCCUUCAUUCCUUCACUGCUGUCACUGCUGACUCUGUGUGUCCUGCUAUUGCUCAGUGUCAAGUACAGAUAUGUCCCAGAGUCUGUAUCUCCUACAGCAGCGUUACAUGGCAUCCAGCUGUUUCACAAACACAGCAUUAACUGUUUGGCUAUAUAUGACAUGGACCCAGUGGAGGUGGCCAAGUCGCUGAUCAUCAGACGGAAACACGUUGUGGAGGACAAGGAUGAAAGUCUAGUUGACCUCACCUCAAACUGCUCAUUAUUCAUCAAGUCCAGAGGUUACGAUGACGUGUGUGAGUCAGAGGAGGAGAAAGCCUUUCCUCUUGCUUACUCGCUGGUUGUCCAUAAAUAUGCGUGGAUGGUAGAGCGGCUCAUCAGAGCGGUGUACUCACCCAGUAACAUCUACUGUAUCCACUACGAUCAGAAGUCUUCAGCUCCGUUCAUCUCAGCCAUGGAGGGUUUGGCUCGUUGUUUGCCCAACGUCUUCAUCGCCUCCAAGCAGGAGUCUGUCUUCUACGCCAGCAUCAGCCGACUGAAAGCCGAUCUCAACUGUCUGUCUGACCUUUUGGAGUCAGAGGUCAAAUGGAAGUAUGUCAUCAACCUCUGUGGCCAAGAUUUCCCCCUCAGGUCCAACAUCGAGCUGGUGUCAGAACUUAAGAAGUUAAAUGGAGCCAAUAUGCUGGAGACGAGCCGACCCAGUGAGCAAAAGAAGCAGAGGUUCAAGUUUCACUACGAGCUGAAGGACGCCAGCUUUGAAUAUCAUAAACUGCCAGUGAAAACAGAGCAGUUAAAGACUCCACCGCCACACGGUAUUGAGGUGUUCUCCGGUAAUGCCUACUUUGUCUUGUCCCGGGACUUUGUUGUACACAUGAACUCCUCAGUUGUGGUGAAGGAUUUCUUGGCGUGGUCAGAUGACACCUACUCUCCAGACGAACACUUCUGGGCCACACUUGUGCGACUGCCAGGUGUGCCUGGAGAGGUGCCCAGAUCCCAGCCUGAUAUCACUGACCUGAUGAGUAAGACCAGGCUGGUGAAGUGGCACUACCUGGAGGAGAAACUUUACCCACCCUGCUCGGGGCAACAUGUCCGCAGUGUUUGUAUUUUUGGUGCAGCGGAAAUGCGCUGGUUGCUCAACUACGGUCACUGGUUCGCCAAUAAGUUCGAUCCCAAAGUGGACCCCAUUCUCAUUCAGUGUCUUGAGGAGAAGCUGCAGGAAAGACAAAAGUUAUUUCAAUUAGCAGCAACUCACAACUGUCCAAAGGUUUGACCAAAAGCUACAGUAUACUGUAGAGCAGCAAUAACUUCGUUUUUUGCCAGAAAGACAAAAAAAGACAAUACUCCUACAAAGCUGUUUACAUGGCUAAUGGACAUGAAUACUCCACUUAUAUCCCCAUGUACAUGCAGCCGUGCAUACUGCGGCCAUUUUGUUUCUUUGCAUCAAAAUAGGAUUUUCUCAAAGUUUUCCCUCCCUGGUGGACUUAUUCAACUGUGUGCCUCCCUCUUACAUUCCUUUAGCCACCUUCUUGAAAAGGUUGGCAUUGCGAUAUUUGCACAUAUACAAAAACCUGUCGAUAUCCAAGUCUUUCAUAAUGUUUAAAACUAGAUGUAUUUCUCCCUCCAACCAGAAACAUGGGCGUUUUUUGGCGUGCAUCUCUACCCCGCCUUGCAAACUGUUGGCUAGUUGGUUUACGUACAAUGCACAGAGCUGACCGUAAGGAGGCAACAGGUAGUGAGUCGCAGCCUGCAGUUAAAUACAUGUCCAAAAAAUGUUCGUAAAUGCUGAAUGAUAUCGGCCUAAAUCAUGUAGGGAUGUCAGCCGAUAACCGUUAAUUGGUUAACCACUGAAAAUAUUUUUGACCGGUUACUCAUGUCAGUCUGCUGGUUACCUUUACGUAUUUUCUCAUCAGCAGUGACACAGAUGGAAGUCUGCACCUGGUUUAUCGUCCACAGAACGAGGCUGCACGCCCACAUUUUCACAACAAAAUAGAACAGGCUGCAGUGAGAGUCUCUCUCCAUGGGAUAUUUAAAAAUAGCAGCUUUGUGCAUUUAGUCCUUCUCAGGCAAGCUCAGGGGUUUAGCGUUGCUGUAGCCCACAGGAACGACGCUCCACGAUGUUUUGUAUUUUGUUUUGUAUUAGAAGAUCCACUCUCUGAUAAAAGUGUACAUCAUCUAAGAGAGACAAUAAAAACUUAAGUGAUGGUCAGAGUUGUCACAUUGAAAUUUAAGGUGUGUUGAUGGAUUCAGGUCUGCAACUCAUGCAUGGAGUAACAUUACAAAUUAACGUUCCACCUUAAAACCCACCCCUUUCUGUGGGUGCGUUUGGUAAUACUUCAAUAAUAGCUAAGUUAGUGGUUUGAAAUGCAGCGUUAAAGCUCACUGAGUCAAUGGAGCACCACACUAAAGGAAGGGACAUGCUAAAUGAUAGCCAGCUGUUGCGUCGCCAUGUCUCAGCCAAAAAGUUGCACAUGAACACACCGCAAAGACCACAGCCGACAGCCAACCAGCAUAUACGUUCUGCGCCUGCAUGAGAGGAAAUCAUUUCACUCAAGAAGACGGCAGUAGUCUGUAUUCAUUAUUGAAAAAGGGAAACUUGAGGACUGUGUUGACGCUAGUUAGCCAUUUAGCACAUCAACAACACAAUUCAGUGUGCCAGUGACCAAAAACACAAACCAUCAUGAAACAUUUCUGCUAAAGAGCUCGGUGGCACAAAAAAAAACAUUUUUUACCUUAUAUAACAAGUUUGUUUCGGUCUCACCCCCUCUGGACUUUAGUCGUUUGUUUACUUUCCUCACUUCCGUUUGUCUUCUUGUGCGCUGAGCUGAACUGACAGAGUGAGUUAAGUUUUGGCUGAGUCGGCCAAAAAAAAGCAGACGGGGGCUGAUGAGGUCCCGCACCGACUGGGGCAACAGACGCUCACCAGCAGCCCAACAUUGACCAAUAGCCGACAGUCAGUUUGGCGUGUCGUGGCCUUUACUGUGACAUCAUCAUGUUCAGCAUAAAACCCUUUUCUGGCCAUUACUCAACAUCAUAUCUCAGGAACAGAAGGGGAAGUAUUAGGUGUAACUAAUCUUGGGCAUCCAACUUUAAACUGCGCUGAUUAUAUCGAUGUUCUGCUUUUUUUGUCUUGAAUUAAAAUAUCUGAUUGUUGUUCAAACAAAACCAGGCAUUUGAUGUGUCAUCAUCUUGGGUUUUUGGCAGUUAUGAAAGGCAUUUCAGUUUGUUGUUUUAUACUAUACUAUACUAUAAUCAGUGUAGCAUUUUUUAAAAGCACUUUAAGAGCCAACAUGAGUGUGGUGCUGGUAUUUUGAAUCAUAAGGAUCAGCUCACCAAAUUUAUUACAAAAGACAUUCUCACUUAUCUGUAGUGGUGUGUAGCCUCACAUAUGUUUGUUUUAUUUGACCAGGUUAUUUGUUUAGCACGCCUCAACACCAAAAUUCAGUGGAGGUGAAUUUGUGCUAACAGCAAUUACUUUUUUUUAAUUUCAUACCUGGUUCUUUUCAGCCCUCUAACCAGACUCAGAACGGUGACUCAGCACUUUCUGGGCAUAUGCGAACACUC